UCAAUUUGUUAUGAUUUCCCGGUUUCCCGCCAGAUCUCACCGUUAACCUUCAUAUUGUUAAAUUUUAAUUUGUUUUGGGCCGUCUUGUUGUGAAGUAUUUUUAAGUGAAAAAUAAUCGAAAUAUGUCCCAACGUCCAGAGGAAGACUCUCCUGUGGGGACUCCGCGCUCCAAUGUAUCUUCUCCAGGACCUGAUUUCGAACCUUUUGAAGAUGAAGGUGCUCUUCUUGGAGACAUUGAUGCAGACAUGGAAGAGGAAGAUGGAGAAGAACUAUUUGGGGAUAAUAUGGAAAAUGAUUAUCGUCCCAUGCCUCACUUGGAUCGUUAUGAUGACCGUAUUUUGGAUUCUGAAGAAUAUGAUCAGAUGUCAGUUGGAGAGCGGUUGGCAGCAGAAGAAGAACUCCGCAGAAGAGAUAGGGAAAUGGGUGUAUACAGAAGAGAUGACAGAGAACUCUUCUAUGAUCAAAGCGAUGAUGAAGAAGAUCCAAGACAAAGAAGGCGUAAGGAAGCAGAGAAAGCCGCUACAGGAGAAGUAGAUGAUUCUGAAAUGAUUGAAUCAAUAGAAAAUUUGGAAGAUACAAAGGGAUACUCAAUAAAGGAGUGGGUUAUUAUGAUGGGUCCUAGGACUGAAAUAGCUAACAGAUUCAAGAACUUCCUGAGGACAUAUGUGAACAAUAAAGGGCAGUAUGUAUACAAGGAGAAGAUAAGAAGGAUGUGUGAAAACAAUCAGUCCAGUUUUAGUGUGGAAUUUCCAAACCUUGCUAACAAAGAACAUGUACUUGCCUAUUUUCUCCCAGAGGCACCAUUUCCAAUGCUGGAAAUCUUUGAUGAAGUUGCAAAGGAUAUUGUGCUUUCAAUGUAUCCCAGUUAUGAUAGAGUUACGAAUGAAAUUCAUGUGAGAAUAUCCGAUCUUCCACUAAUUGAAGAACUACGGACAUUUAGAAAACUUCAUGUAAACCAACUUGUGCGAACUUUAGGUGUUGUCACUGCAACUACAGGAGUUCUCCCACAACUUUCCAUUGUCAAGUUUGAUUGUAACAAGUGUGGAUUUAUCUUGGGACCUUUCACACAGUCACAGGAUUCUGAAGUUCAGCCAGGUGUCUGUCCUGAAUGUCAAAGUAGAGGACCAUUCAUG